AUGGAUGACGCCAAUCCAGUUGGAACCCUGAUGGAAUGUGGAAGCAAGUUGAGCAAGCAUGAAAAUGCAGAGAUUGUGGAUCCAACUCUUUACAAAAGUUUGGUUGUAAAUUUACGUUACUUGACAUGUACAAGGCCGGAUAUUCUCUAUUUCGUAGGAGUAAUAAGUCGCUACAUGGAAGCUCCAACAAUAACUUACUUCAAGGUGGCAAAGAGAAUCCUUCGAUACAUCAAAGGUACAAUAAACUUUGGCUUGCACUAUUACUCUUCUAAUAAUUAUGAGAUUGUUGGCUAUAGUGAUAGCGAUUGGAGUGGAGACUUAGAUGAUAGAAAGAGCACUAUUGAUUUUGUGUUAUUUAUGGGAGAUACUACUUUCACUUGGAUGUCAUAG